CAAUUAGAUUACCAAUAAUUGAGAAAUGUUUUAAUGAAUUUUCUUAUUUUGAUCAAUCAAAGCCAGUGACCCUGACAGGUAGUUGGCGUUAGCUGAUGAAUAAUAAGAAGUCGGAAUGGUCGCGAAAUGUUUGUUGUCAAGCACGGAGAGUAGGUUUGCUUAAAUUAUAUAGUUGUGGAAACAAGUUUUAUGAUACAUGGCAUACAACAUCAAGAACAUGGAACCACUGGAACUUCUGGAUUAUUAUAUAAUAAACAACAUAAAUGAUAUAUGCAGGCUGUGCCUGCAAAGAGACAACAAACUGAUGCCUAUAUUUGAUCCAAUAAAACCACCACACUUUUCUAUACUGAUCAUGGCCUGCUCCACUGUUCAGGUUGUUGAAGGAGAUGGACUUCCAUCGUACAUAUGCCCGAAGUGCAUUCAGAAACUGAAUUCAGCAUAUCAAUUUAAGACACAGUUUGAGAGGGCUGAUGCAAAACUGAGGGAAUGUUUGGGGAAGUUGACUGAGAUAUCAGACACAACAGAUCUCUCCAACUACAUUGAGAUCAAGAAAGGGGAGACCUCUAUUAUUUUACAGAGCGAUAAUCAAGAUGGACAUGAAACACUUCAGAUACAGCAGACAAAUACAGUGGAGACUGUGCACACUGUGCAGUUCAGUGCUAUACUACAGACAAAUGAUCAGUUGGAGGAAAUUGAGUUGCAACCAUUGCAGAAGGAUCAGUUGGAACCUGGGACUUCAUUGCAGGUGCUGGAGAAGACACAGUUGACUGAACUGAAGAUUGAUUUAGAUGAGCAAACUCCAUUAAAAGCGGAGGAUAUAAAUCUUAUGAUCGAUGAGAAUGCGGCCAGCACGAAGACGCGACGGCCGCCGAAAGAUCAUCAGUGCGAUACGUGCGGAAAGAUAUUCAGGACGAAGCCGGGACUGGUGCAUCAUAUUAGAAUACACACCGGGGAGAGACCGUACGUGUGUCAUUUGUGUGAUAAGAGGUUUAUGAAUGGUGGUCAUCUGCACACUCACAUGAGGACACACACGGGCGAAAAGAACCACGUUUGUUCGGCCUGCAACAAAGCUUUCGCGACGGCCCAGCAGUUGACUAAACACACCAUUGCGAUACACACGUCGGAGAGGCCGUACGGGUGCACAUACUGUCCUAAACGGUUCGCAAGUUCCAGUAAUCUAAAUACUCAUAUCAAAAUUCACACCGGCGAGAAGAACUACCAUUGCGAUCAGUGCGCAAAGGCGUUCUCCACCAAAGGUCAGCUUUAUCAGCACAUGCUAGUCCAUACAGGGGAAAAGGCCUUUCUCUGCGAAUAUUGCAACAAGAGAUUUUCACAGAAGGCUCAUCUGGUUAGGCAUCUGAAAAUGCAUAAAGACUCCUAAUUGCGUCUUAUUGGUGUAUACAACUUUUUUUUUCAGAAAAAAAGUAUUGCUUUUAGCUUUUAUCAUAAUU